AACUGUUUAGUUGGAUGGUUGCAUCCACCUGCCCCGUCCGAGAAUCGGCUGGGAUUAAAUUAAUGCGCGUUUCAGUUUGGUGUGGCUCAUAAACAACAUAUUUUUGAUUUUCUCCGCGGAAUCUGCCUCCUACUGAUAUAUUAGCCGGUCAUUGUUUCUCUAUUUUAGUAUUUCAACAGCAUUCGCAUUGUUUGUAUCGAUACUGGUCGGUGUAAAUAGUGCAGUGGUUGAUCAAAAUUUUGUGAAAGUUCUCCAAGACAUUUUCGGCCAUGAUUCAAUUCGAGGUCAGGGAACCACCGGGCUCACAACGACUGUCGUUCCUAGGCAAGUUAUCCUCAAACAUGAACUCUCUAGCGAGUGAAUCGAAGAAGAGGCACAGUUUCGAGCGGGGAUCUCCUUUGAUUUUGCCUUCUCUUCAAGAAGAUCCCAGAAUCAUGGGCAAAGACUUCGAUAACACGAAAAUAUUGGACAUUUAUCCGUCAAUUACCGGCGAUCUGCAAUCUUUAAUAAUAGGAGCUGAUGAGCCUGAACAUAAUGGGCAACGGGGCAUUCUUCUAAUCGACGACAACGAAACGCUCAGAAUUGAAUCAGAUACUGCAUUUUCUAAGGCUCUGAAUAUCGAGCCUGAUAAAAAGAUUAAAGUUGUGUCGAUUUUCGGAAAUACUGGUGUAGGCAAGUCCUAUACCUUAAAUAAGUUAUUUUUCAAUGGUGAGGAAGUGUUUAAAACAUCCCCUUCGCAAGUGUCCUGUACGUUGGGGGUAUGGGCAAAAUAUGAUCCCACAUUGAAUGUACUUUGUCUCGAUACUGAAGGAUUAUUAGGUAUUGCAAAGAGAGAAAAUCAAAGAACGCGGUUGCUUCUUAAAAUAUUAGCAGUAUCGGACAUAAUAAUCUAUCGUACCAGAUCGGAAAGGCUACAACGGGACAUGUACUCCUUUUUGGGGGGUGCAUCUAAUGUAUAUAAACAACAUUUCUAUACAGCGCUUCAGAAAACCCUCGCUCGAUCUGAUGGAGAGAAAAUCAAUGCAGGAUUGGCCCCUGGUGUGAUCAUAUUUCACGAAACACAAUAUACUGAUACUCUUCAUGUUUUGAACAAUCACCCGAACGUAACAGCUGAAGACAUUUUGCGACAAAACUUUGCCGAUUUGGGGUCGAAUUGUGAAGAGUUCAGCUUUAUUAAAUAUAUUGGUGUAAAAACACGAGAUAACCAAGAGACGUCGUUCGAUCGUCUCAGAGCCGAAAUUCAAAAGGAAUUAGAGAGUUCCAACGUGCGAUCGGCCAGAAAGGCCAAAUACGUAUACCUAAUGCUUAAAAGUCUGAAUGAUAAGUUUUUUUCUCCACUCACUGAGUCAAAUCACGAGCAGUUUUUGGCUCAAUUUUUCACAUGCCCGGAAAAGUGCCAAUCAUGCAGUGCGAGUUGUGUGCUUUCUACUGGCCAUAAGGAAGAUGAUGAGCCUCAUAAGUGCAAUGCGCCCUGCAAAUUCCAACACCAAUAUCAAAACUUUGUGUAUUUAUGUAAGAAAUGUGUUAGAAAUGGGGAAAGGUCUACGGUUGAACCUAAAUACACCAAAGAUAAUUCUUGGACAUCAUACCUGAAUUUGAUGUGGUCAGGGUAUGUUAUCCAUUGUCCGAAAUGCGGAGUAAUCUACAAAAGCCGAGAGCACUGGUAUGGAAACAAAAAUCCUGAAGACUGUGCUGUGCAGCUGGAAGUCGUCCACAUGUGGCCAGGAGGUAAACCCAACUUGCAGGAUCAACCGCUCUUCGGCACUUUCCAUUCGGGACAACGAGUUGUGGAUGGAGUUUCUGUGAUAACAGACGCUGUGGCAAGCGUGAGUUCUCCGCCCACUAAGAUGCUCUUGGAUUAUAUGAAUGAUAAAAUUGCUCCUAGUUAUUGGAAAUCUAACCACGAAAUUAAGGCCUGCUUCAAAUGCAAUGUAUCGUUUGUAAGUGGGCAAAAUAGAGUUGUACCAUCGAAACAUCAUUGCCGAGGUUGCGGUGAAGGUUUCUGUGGAAGCUGUUCCUCGAAAAAAUGCCCAGUGCCACAUAGAGGAUGGAAGGAACCAGAACGAGUGUGCGAUGCAUGUUUUGAUGAACUCGAGGGCAGAGGACAAAGCUUAAUAGCGAACAUAUCCGAAGAGCAAUUGAGUGGAGAAGUCACACCAAGAUACAUUGGUGAAAGACUUGUGAAUGCCAUAUCAGCCAUAAAAUAUGUUUACGAUGUACCUAAAAACUGUAUAAAGGAAUACGUCAGGCCAAGUUACUGGACGCCAGACAGUGAGUGCAUCAAUUGUGUGUUGUGUAAUAAUCCCUUUGGCACCCAGUUACCUUUACAUCAUUGUCGAGAUUGCGGUAAGGGCGUUUGCGACAAUUGCUCAACGUCUAGAAAGCCCGUUCCCGUGAAGGGUUGGGACUCGCCGGUUAGAGUUUGCGAUACUUGUCGGUAAACGAUUAGUAAAGUUAAAAAGAAUUAACUUUUACUGAAUCGUUUACUGAAGCAUAAAACAUAAAUAAACUCUUCAGGUGGUAUUCAUGUUUUUUAUGUUUUAAGACCAAGAAUGGCUGUAUAUUUGUUACGGAUGAUCAAAAUGCCUAUAAGCAAUCCACUAGGAUAAGACGGAAUUUUUUUUUAUACACAAACAAGCUCAGAAUGGACAAAUUAAUAGUACGCUUGGUGAUUUAGGGCAAUUUUUUGUUUUACAACAGUUAUUACAUACCAACUCCAGUCAUAAAAAUACUGCGAGUCGUAAUAGUAUUAUGAUGUCAUUUACUCAAAUCUUAUCAGAGUUUGCUUGUUACAUUAUAAACGAAUCCAUAUCAUAAUUGAAACCUUUACAUGUGGAACGGGGGUUGAAAGAUAAAAUAAGGUUUUGGAUUUGAAACUGCACCUGUUAAACAUUGACAUUUUUUAUUUUUUAUUAAUAGACUUUAAGUAAGGUAUUAGACAGGUUCUCUCCUAUGAAAUUAAAAAUACAUUUUUUUGGAGAAUUUGUAUGAACUAGCACCAAAUACAGAUAGGACAUUCCAAAUGUUUGGAAGCAUUUAGACAGUUUUUACUUUGAUAAUAUGUGCGAGUGCCAUUGCUUUAGGAAAAUAAUACAAAAAAUGCAUUGUGAGUAAUCGAUUGUUAUACAAUAAACCGAAUUGAACAAAA